AUGGAAAAGCCAUCCGAGCCUGACCAACAUGCGUUGUGGGUGGAAAACAUGAUACGAUCUGGUCUAGAAACGAUGUGCAUCGAGCACUUGAAGGACGAUCACUUCAUCCUGUCGCCACAUCCCCUGGAAGCCACAACCAGAUACCUACUGGCUUUUGACUCCAAAACGUGUUCAUCGGCUGACUGUUGGAGUCUGUGGGGAUCUGGAGUCGCUGCGUAUGUGGAUUACUUGGGCUCUGGAUCUGGCAGCGUCUACGAUAUCCCGGCGCACUUCCACACGUCCUUGGACUCUAUAGUCAAGCAGCUUCUGCGCUCUGUCCAGGAGACUUCUCGCGCGUUGCGGAAGACUACGCAUGCGUUUGUUUUGAGCAGUCCCAAAGACCUGGACCGCGAGAUCAAGGAGGCAUCGCUGGACGAUGCUCAAGCAGCUGCCGAGCAGCUGUUGGCGGAGUCCCAGCUCAGUGGCCCGCCAGAAGCAUGGCAGCUUCCUGCAGGGCCUCACGAGCGCCUGCUUCAAGAGCUUGCCUUGCUGGAGGAGCAAGUGAAGGAUGGCCUGGCUCUGCGCGAGAUCGAAGCCCAGGCCGAGGUGGUUGCUGAGGCGCUUGCCGGCCAGCUGGAUGGAAAGGACUGGGAGGAGUUGUAUGCUGACGCAUCCACCGCCUUUGGCGAGACAGCUACCUUCCGUUCCACCUUCCGCGACACUUUCAGAGACACGGGCACGUUCCGUGACACUGGUGGUUUCAGAGACACAGGUUUCAGCUUCGGGUCCACAUGGUCACUGGAGGCAUCGCCCAAGGCACCCAAGGCACCGGACAUCUUGGAACAAAUCCUGGCUGAGCACAAGCUGCCUGAGUCCAUGCAGCAGGAGCUGGAUGAGUUCGUAGAUGAAAUGGAGGCUAAGAACCUGGCCGCAGAGGAGCGGAUUGGCUUGCUGUCCGUCAUGCGAAAGACCAGCACUUUCCGGCAUGAUGCGGACCAUCACCGGAGCCAUGUUCGGGUGAGCGUUCCGGCUUGCUAA